AGCUCAAUCUCUAUUUAAACUCACUUGUACGCCGGCCUCAACGCCAAAUAAAAAAGAAAAAGAAAACCAACAUUUGUCUUUUGGGUUAAUUGAGAUGUGGACAACUCCAGGAAGAAAGCAGGCUUUUGGUAACAUAGUAUUACUUGGGAUGGUUAUGGUUUUGAUUAAUACAAAUGGUGUUGCAAGUCGUAAGGUGAGAGUUUUAGACUCAUUCGACGACUCGGCUGCAGGUUGCAGCAGAAAGUACAGUGCCUCGUUGACAGACUUUGGAGGCGUUGGUGAUGGGGUAACAUCAAAUACAAAGGCUUUUCAGGCUGCCAUUGAUAACCUGAGCCUGUAUGCGUCAUAUGGUGGAUCUUUACUCUUUGUUCCUCCAGGAAAAUGGCUGACUGGUAGUUUUAAUCUUACCAGCCAUUUCACUCUGUAUCUCCAUAAGGAUGCUACUAUUCUUGCCUCACAGGAUGAGAGUGAAUGGGCUGUUAUUAACCCUCUACCGUCUUACGGUCGAGGAAGGGAUGCAGAUGGUGGAAGGUAUAUCAGCCUUAUUUUUGGAACCAACCUUACGGAUGUCGUGAUAACAGGGGACAAUGGCACAUUUGACGGUCAGGGUGCUACCUGGUGGGACAAAUUCCACAAGGGAGAGCUGAAAUACACCAGGCCUUACCUUAUUGAGAUAAUGUACUCCCAAGGAGUUCAAAUCUCUAAUCUCACAUUGAUGAACUCCCCAUCCUGGAAUGUUCAUCCUGUUUACAGCAGCAAUGUUGUAGUUCAAGGAAUUACAAUCCUCGCACCGGUAACUUCUCCAAACACUGAUGGGAUCAAUCCAGAUUCUUGCACGAAUACCCGGAUUGAAGACUGCUACAUUGUCUCCGGAGAUGAUUGUAUAGCCGUUAAGAGUGGUUGGGAUGAGUACGGUAUCAAGUUCGGUAUGCCAACGAAGCAGCUAUUGAUCAGACGGCUCACCUGCAUUUCUCCAUUCAGUGCAGUGAUUGCACUCGGUAGCGAGAUGUCUGGUGGGAUCGAGGAUGUUAGGGCGGAAGACAUCACAGGCAUCAAUUCGGAGUCAGCGGUUCGGAUCAAGACUGCUGUGGGAAGAGGAAACUAUGUCAAAGACAUAUAUGUGAGAAGGAUGACAAUGAAAACAAUGAAAAUGGUGUUUUGGAUGGCAGGGAAUUAUGGAUCUCAUCCAGAUAAUGACUAUGAUCCUAAUGCAAUUCCGGUUAUCCAGAAUAUCAAUUUCCGAGAUGUUGUUGCAGAGAAUGUGACAAUGGCAGCUAGAUUGGAAGGAAUUCCAGGACAUCCAUUUACUGGAAUCUGUAUAUCCAAUGCCACCAUUGAACUAACAAAAAAGCCAAAGAAGAUUCAAUGGAAUUGCACUGAAAUUGCUGGGGUUUCAAGUGAUGUUACUCCUAAGCCCUGCAAUCUGCUUAAGGAUCUAGGAUCCCAAAAUACCUGUAAUUUCCCUGAGGACGACUUCCCAAUUGUAAAAUUUUAAAUGUAAAUGUGCUUUUUUAUAGAAUUUGACAAAAUGAAGUAAAGAUAUCGUUUCUUCCCUGUAUGAAAUAA